UUGCGCGUUUUGUUUCCGUUACUUACUAGGUAUACUUUAAAACGCAUAUACCAUACGUAUAUAAAUAUAUUUAACUAGAUGAAUUAAGGUCCAGACUUGAUUAUGUCUGCGUAUACACAAUGUUUUUAUCGUUGUUUUGGUUGGUCGGCAAGUUCUGCAAAUAACCCGAUUACGAAUCAUGAUCAACCAAAAAUAUGUUUGGACACAACAAAAAUGGGUACUGAUGCUGUAAUUGUCAAAAAUGGAAAACGAAUAUGCGGUACUGGUGGAGGCCUUGCAAAUGCACCUAUAGCCCAAGACAAGGCAUACUUUCAAGUCAAAUUACAAAGUACUGGAAUAUUUGGGAUUGGAGUUGGAUUAGAAACUGCAGAGCUGGAUAGAGUGCCUCUUGGUGAAGAUGCAAACAGUUGGGUAUUGCGACAUGAUGGAUUUAUCCGACAUAACAAGAAAACUGUUUAUGAAACAAACAUCAAAUUUUCUGAAGGAGACUUCAUUGGUGUGUCUUAUGACCAUAUCGAGUUGAACUUCUAUGUAAAUGGGAAAAAUAUUGGUUCGCCUGUUUUAGGAAUUCGUGGCAUCUGUUUUCCCCUUGUUAUAUGUUGAUGAAAGUGCAAUAUUGGAUGUGGAGUUUGAAAAUUUUGAACACCCCCCUCCUUCGGGGUAUAGACAGAUCAUGUUGGAACAACAAAUAUUUUAGUUAUAUUUUUAUUUAUUUAUUAAUAAACACAUUGGAUUGUGUAAAGAGAGCCUAUAUAUGCUCUUCCAUUUGUUUUCAUUAAGUUAUACUCCUUUCAUAUACCAAUUACUUUUUUAAUUGUACUGAAGGAAUAUCCCUUUGUUGCAUAGCAGUGAUCUGCACUAUUGAAAUUUUACAUGUAGAGUUUUUUAACUUCUUGAUAUCAAAAUUUAUUUGUUCAUUUAUGCCUAUUGUGUAAUAGCAAAGCCUACUUUUUUAUUUGUUUAUACAGAAUAUACUUAACCUAAUUAAGCUGAACAACAAAGUUUACCUAAGAAUGCUGCUUUACACUUGCUUACAUUCUGUAAUUAAUUAUGUUGACUUCCUCAUGCUUGGAUGUGUCAGAUAUACCGAACUACCAAAUGUCACGUUUUACGAGUUAUUUCACAAAAGUUCUAUCCAUGUGCCUAACUAGGAAAGUGUACUAAUCUAAUAAAUGAUAUCGGAUUA